AGAAUGGGUAAGAUCUCGCUGUACGGCCUGGACGCUAGUCCUCCCACUCGGGCUUGUUUGCUCACCCUAAAAGCUUUGGAUUUGCCCUUCGAGUAUAUCUUCGUGAAUCUCUUCGAGAAGGAGAACUUUAGCGAGGAUUUUUCGAAGAAGAAUCCUCAGCAUACGGUGCCAUUGUUGCAGGACGAUGAUGCCUGCAUCUGGGAGUCUCAUGCCAUCAUGGCCUAUCUGGUGGAUAAGUAUGCAGCGAGUGAUGAGCUGUACCCGAAGGAUCUGUUGCAACGGGCCAAGGUGGAUACGCUGAUGCACUUCGAGACGGGCGUUAUUUUUGAGGCUGCCUUGAGGCGACUCACCCGUCCGGUGCUGUUCUGUGGUGAAUCUACUCUACCCAAGAACCAGGUGGAUCAUAUCAAUCAGAUCUAUGACUUUGUGGAGGCCUUUCUCGAUGAUCACGAUUACAUGGCCGGCGAUCAACUUACCAUAGCCGACUUCAGCAUCGUUUCGACCAUUACUUCGAUUGGGGUUUUUCUGGAGUUGGAUUUGGCCAAGUAUCCCAGGAUUGCCGCCUGGCUGGAGAGGCUCAAGGAGUUGCCCUACUAUGAGGAGGCCAAUGGAACCGGAGCAGCUCAGUAUGUGGGAUUGAUGAAGUCGAAGAAGUUUACAGUUGUGUAAAAAGUUUAAAUCGGAAAAGCCUUUAUCCUUGCAGCACAUACUAUAGCUUUAGCUUUUCUAUCUUAUUUGAAGUUUAUUUCGAUCUAAUUGGAUUUAAUCUUCUUUCAAAUUUAUAAAUUUUGUCAAUAUUUUUCACUGUUAAAAUAUCUAAUUUUAAUCUGCAAUAUUUCUUAGUCCUUAAUUACUAAAUAAAUUGAUAAAAGCACCCCCCUUAAA